AUGUCCAUGGGCAUGGGCUCCGCCGCCCUCCCCAAACUCUACGACUUUCCCAAAAUCUACUGGGCCGUGGUGGGCAGCGCAAUCGGCGUCGCCACACUCGUCAACCUCUACAACCACAUACUAUGCAGACAGCGCCUUUCCGCGGCGAAAUCCGGGACCCGAACACCCGCGAAGCCAAGCUCGUGGCUGACACUCGGUGUCGCGACAGUAUAUGCUUUGACACGCGAGGCGUCAAAUUACUCUCUCUACAUACCGUUCAAGAAGCGCGUAUUUCGCUUUCCAUCCGUCGGGCGAGCGAGCUUGGUGCUUGCCAACGCGGUGACUCUGAUUGUGCUGUGUUUAUACGGCCUCGAUCUGACCGGCCGAUUUACCAAGGAGGAUGUAGCGUUUCGCUGCGGCGUCGUGACGCUCGGGCAGGUCCCGUUGAUAUUUCUCCUUGCGGGCAAGAAUAAUAUCGUCGGAUAUCUCAGUGGCGUGAGCUACGAGCGCCUGAAUUGGCUUCAUCGAUGGUGUGCGAGGACUAUGCUUCUCACGGCGACGAUUCACAUGGGGUAUUUCUUCGCGUCGUGGGACCAGUACAAGUACAUUCCAUACAAGCUCAAAAACGACGAACUUGCAUGGAAAGGACUAGCAGCGUGGUCUGUGUUGGUAUGGAUUGUACUCAGUUCCAUGACGCCCAUCCGAGGAUGGAAUUACGAGCUAUUCGUGGUGCAGCAUCUCGUGUCGUUUGGAGUGUUUCUUGGCUUCGUGUACAUCCACAUUCCCAAGGAUACAAAGGGCUAUGUGUGGGUUCCUGUUGCGCUGUUUCUCUUCGACCGCGGGCGCUUCUUCAAACAUGCCGAGAAGUCAAGUGGCCUGUCGGAUGGAACCUCAAAAACCAAAACAGUCACAAUCGAAGGCCCCUACGGCGCCCUCCGCCCUCUCCGCCAAUUCGACAGCGUAGUCCUCCUCGCCGGCAGCACAGGCGCAACAUUCACCCUCCCCCUCCUCCGUGACAUUCUCCACGGCUGGCGCGAAACGUCCACUUCAAACUCCAGCUCCCGAUCAUUCUUCUCUCGCCAAACCGGCGCCGUCGCGCGGCACGUCCGAUUCGUCUGGGUCGUCAAGAGCCGCGGGCAACUGAGCUGGUUCGGCGCACACCUGUCGUCCAUCGCGGCGGACUUUGAGAUCUUGCAGGAUAGACUGAGGGAUGUGAAGUUGGAGAUGGGAGUACCCGAGACAUAA